UCUACAAAUCUCUGUGAUUCAUCGCCGUCAUUCUAUUCAGAGAUCAGAUCCAACCCGAUCCAACCCCUAAUUACCAUCAUUUUAACUUUUCGAGAACUUCACGAAGAUGUGUCAGGUUCAAGGUGACGAAUCUUUGAUGAUGAUGGAGGAGAAAUCUUUCAAAAGGAGCUCAACUUGUAUGAAGUGUGAAGAAGCAGCUGUUGUCAUUGCAAGAGUAAAAGAUGCCUUUUGUAGAAAUUGCUUUUUAGCUUACGUAACCCAUCGCUUCAAAGCUACCAUAGGAAAAUCAAGAUUGAUACGUGACAAAGAAAAGGUUCUAGUUGCAUUCUCUGGUGGUCAGAACUCGUCUGCAGUGGCUCGAUUAAUUCAUGAAGGACGAUCAGAGAAUCAGCAUAAGAAAUUCAGAUUCAUUCCAAGUCUCAUCUACAUUGAUGAUGGGAUUAUCAUGGAUCAGACUGCAUCAGAGAGGAGUGCAAACAGAGAGAUUGUUACUAAACUUAUGAGUGCAUAUGAUAUACCUUCAUAUGUUGUUCCACUAGAAGAGGUUGUCAACAUGAGACAUUCGUAUGAAUCUAUUCCUAGAGGUAAAGGUAAUGAUGAUGUUGCCAUGGCAACAAGACAUCUUAAUCAACUCAUUAUAAAUGAUGUAGACAGUCAAAGAUUACUAGAAAUUUUGAACAGCGCCAAGUCACUGACGGCAAAAGAAGAUCUUAUCCAAACUCUAAGGCAUAGGCUUCUUGCUGACGUUGCCAAACGGACUGGCCAUACCAAGAUCAUGUUGGGUGACAAUGGAACCAAUCUAGCAUCAAGGGUACUCUCUGGUAUGGCGCAAGGUCGCGGGGUCACCGUUCCACUCCAGGUCACGUUUGCAGACAAUAGAGAGGGGGACAAUACAUUUGUCAGGCCUUUAAGGGAGUUCCCUAGUCGUGAAGUUGCACUGUACAACCAUUUGAUGGGUGUAGAAUCUGUGUGUUUGCCCACCCCAACAACCAAGGCAAGCCAGUAUGCAAGCAUCAAUAAACUCACCAGUGAAUUUAUAAACGGUCUACAAGUUGGCUUCCCCUCAACCGUUUCAACUGUACUAAGGACAGGAGAAAAAUUGUGCACAGUCUCGUCUUCUGGAGAUGGGGACAAUUGUAUCAUGUGCAAGGGUCCCCUAGAUACGGAUGUCCCAGCUUGCUCUGCCCUGAAGUCUACCCAGCAUUCCCUAGCUGAGCUCACCGAUACAGAUAAAGGAGGGCUGACACAUUGUAAUUCAUCAAUGUCUUGUGAAUCAGCCAGCGAUCAGUCAUCGUCAGAGUGCUGUGGGCAAGGUGAUGGUAGCUGUCAUAGCACCAGGAAAAUUAUAUCAUUUAGAGAAGUGUCAAGGUGGUUGUGUUACGGCUGUAGGAUAACAAUACGAGAUAUGAAAGAAGUCAAUUCCCUCCCGGAUUAUGUUUUAGAGGAAGCAGGAAGAAGGCAGAGGAGGUCUGUGAUGAAAGAAGAAAUCCAAGACUUUUUGCUGACGGAUGAAGACAGAUAACAAACAAAGCAGAUCAUUCAUUUGCAUUUUCAUCGUUAGAGUAAUCUUUGAAUUAUAUAACAGGGCCGGUAUUCCUUAGAGGGUUAAAGGUCAAUUAAGUCAACCCUAACAUAAAGUUAAAGUGAAUAAAUCAAGAAAAGCAGUGAAUAUUUUGUAAAUAUAGGAUGUGAAAUAAGAAAGCUAUGAAAGUUAUGCUUAAUAUCACAUAACACUUGUGUGACCAGCACAGAAGAUAUGCAGGUGAGAGAGUUGAUGACAUCAUCACACUCAAUAUUUUUUUGUACAUGAUAAUAUUAUGAAUACAAAUUUUUUUUAGAUAUGAUUAUAUAAAUAAGGUCUUGAUUGAAUCAAUCACAUUACUGGUAAUUACAUCAGAAAUUACUCCUGUUCUUUGUGCAGUCUAUCAUGUUUCACAUUAUAAUGAGGAAAGAAAAUAGAAUUUUUCAUAUUUGAUUUGAAAUAAUACAAAAGGAAUAGUGGAUGUGUGACAUCAUCAGCUCCCUUGGUUGCAUCAGGGUAGUGGGAGGUUCCUACUACCCUGGUUGCAUACUACCCAUGUUGUGCAUAUUUUUAUGUAGUAUGUAUUUAACUUCUUGUUAUCUUUUCAGUCAUUCACCUUCACUUGUUUACAAACUCCCCCAAUGUCAUCUAAGAAUUAAAAAAAAAACCAAUGCCAUUUAACUCCUAAACCCUGACCGUAACAGACCAACCCUCAGUGAGUCAGCCAACUUCAAGGAACGAAAGUUCUAAGAAGUAUGGCUCUCACUUCCAGCCCCGGUCACUUGCACAGAGCAUCACCACACCCCUUAUAACAGAGAAAGUUUGAUAGACAGUUACCUGAAGACCAAUCGGAACAAGGUUAGAUCACUCCCACCUUAAAUUGCUACACCCCCAAAACUAAUGAUAUAAAUAAGACUUCUUGAUGAUUAGAAAGAUAUAGCAUACUAGACCCACACUCAUCCAUAUAUACUGACUGACUGACUUCAAGACUUAGACGUCCAUCCAAUAUUAUCUUAACUUCAGAAUCUCAAUCUAAUACUUCAAAAUUAUUAUAUUCAUCAUCUCCUGUUUUAUUUGAAUAUUCAUGUACUUUGAAUUGUAAACUGUAGCUGAAUACUGAUGAUUAAAUACCCUGUGAUUUUGAACUGUAUUACUUCAAAGUUUCUUCAUUACGCUUCCCUUCUAAAUUAUAAUUACCGAUCCCAACACGACAAUAUUGUAUUAUGAAAUUAAGGGAAAAUUUUAUGAAAUUGUCCUUGCUCAUCUCUUCAUGUUAAUACAUAAGAUGCUGAUGAAGUUUGCAAUGUUAUCGUUUAAUCUACCUCUAUUUCACUUAAUUUAAACAACUUGUUGUUGAGGUGGACUUUGAUCUUUUACAAAGUAUCUUGCCUGUCUUAAAGAAAUACUUAUUUUCUUGUAAGUUUCACUAAUUCCUACAAUUAGUAUUGUUCAUUAUUCCAGUGCCUGUCUUAGAACUGCAAUUGUUUGAAUGAUGUGAAAUUUUCAAAUUUAUAAUUUGUCGAUUUUAUUUUACGAAUUGAUGGCACUGACUAAAAUGAAAUAAUUGUGUUUUUCUCUCUUUUGUAUGAAAUCAUUUUCAAGAAUCGAAAGGGCUGAAAAUAUUAGAAUAUAAUCAUUGUAACUUUCUGAUAUGUAAAAUAAGCAUUCAUAUUACAUUUUUUUUAAGAAUGAUAAAAAGAUCACAAUAGAAACUGUUAAAUUUGCAAU